GCUUCAACUAUCAUCUACUCUAACCAGCUAGUGCAUGUUCCAUUGUCAUCAAUGGCAGGUAACGAUUGCAGCCGUGUCCUCUGUGAUAAAACGUAAGUUACAUGCCUACGAUGUAGGUCGCGGAAGUGGCAGAGGACAAUACUACAAGAACCUCUAUGGUCGGGGUAAGGGAAGAGGUGGAGACGGAAGGCCGGUGGAGGAUGAAGGUAGGGGUGUGAAACGUGUGAGGAAGACUGAAAAUGAAGCGUUAGGAAACGUUGAUGCGUUAGCCCAAAUGCUUCGUCGGCUGGAUGGCAAGAGCUAUCCAGCGUAUCACGACUUACAAGGUGUAUGGCAGUAUCCAUCAGGACUUCUUGUCGUUGAUCACAUCCAAGGCGACCCAUUUGCUCCAGCUAGCAAAUUUCGUCUCAGAGCAACCCAAGAUCUGAUUGGCUAUGAUAAGAGUCUUUACGAUAAUCCGACAAGAGAAGUCGCACUCCGAGACUACCUAACACGUCGACUAUAUGAACUACUCUCCCGUCCAUAUUCGUCUCAAGGGAAUAGUUCCGGUAGUAAGGGCUGGUCAACCGCUAAACGUGGAGUCAUUAGCAUCGACAAGCCUGGGCAACAGGUUCUCGAACGGUCAUCUGUCGUAAUCGGCGAGCAGGGCUUCGAGGUCAGGUUUACCAUAUCGCUUCCUGCUCGAGGUAGGACCAUUCUGGGCCAUCAGGCUGCACAAAUAUUCGAAAACGACAUUCCAAGGCUCUUCAAUGCAAUACUUGCUUCUUCACAACCCGAAGGACAGGUGAAACUAUUUGUCGACUGCAUCGACGAUCAACAUCAUCUUCGUGAAGAGCUCUCUCAACGAGGGCUAGUCGCAUUUGUUCCAAAUGGAGCGACCCUUCCACGAGCAAGCGGUGCUUCAGACCUUCCACUUUCAGGUCCCAAUGUUGUUCGCUUGCAAUCGCCGCCCCACCUUGAGCAGAUAUUCUACUUGCAUAAUAGCAGGAAAGAAAUCAGGGGCAUGGUAAUUCCUGCUGGAAUCACCAUGAUCGCAGGUGGUGGGUUUCAUGGGAAGUCGACAUUGCUCGAUGCACUUGCUGUUGGCUGCUACAAUCAUAUUCCGGGCGAUGGGCGAGAAUAUCUUGUAGCAUCGCCCAGAAUCCUUUCUGUUCAAGGGGAAGAUGGUCGGUCGAUCAAGAACGUUGACAUAUCUCCCUUCAUCAGUACCCUUCCUGGCGGGAUAUCCACAAAAUCUUUCUCCACUCAGGAUGCCAGUGGAAGCACGUCAAUGGCUGCUGGCGUUAUUGAGGCUGUGGAAACGGGUGCGGAUACCCUCCUCUUUGACGAGGACACAUGUGCCACGAACUUCCUCAUACGAGAUCGUAGGAUGCAAAGAUUGAUCACAGCGGAUCCUAUUACACCUCUAAUCUUCAAGGUUCGUGCAUUGCUCAAGGAUCAUGGGGUCUCAUCUGUAUUGGUCAUUGGUGGUUGUGGUGACUACUGUGAUGUGGCCGACUUGGUUCUCGAAAUGCGGAACUACGAAUGUCAUGACAUCACAGAUGCCGCACGGAAGGUAGCUCAAGAGAUCCCAUCCGUAGUGUCUUGGUACGAAGAGCACAAAUUUGGAGCGGUCCACGGCAGGACUCUAGAUCUCUCUUCGUUGCCUUCGUCAAAUACCAAGACGGUUGCGCGGAAACGUACCGCCAUCGACGUAGGCCAAAUACAUUUGGAUUUAUCUGCUGCGAAGCAACUCGUGCAUGAUAGCCAAACCCGGGCCAUAGCUGCUGCACUCAAGUAUCUGGCAUCUUCCAUUAUUCAACCGGUCAUGCUUGCGGAAUUAUUGAACAACUUGGAGAAUCAGAUGGAUCAUAGUGGCUUGGAUAUGCUGGUUGGACAUGAACGAGUAGAUGGAUUCUUAGCGCGGCCACGCUUGUUCGAAAUUGCGAUGGCAAUCAAUCGACUUCGUUCGGUCAUAAUUGAUGGUGUAACUAGAUAGUAUCGUUUUUAUUCUCACGCUUAUAAAUGUCGUAGCACAGGUUGUAAUGCUAUGUAAUACAUCUGUUAUAUCUGGCGCU